GGACUUUCUAUAUUACAUGCAUGGUGUUUAUUGUACAUUCAGCAUACACCCAUUUAGUAGUUAAAGAAUACUUAUUUUGCACAUUAUUAUUUUUUUAAUAAACUUAGAGCAUACUAGUUUCUUUAUUUUUUUAAAUAACCAAAGCUGGGAUUUACUCAUUAAUCACACUUUCCCAACCAGAAAAGAAAAGGGAGCACAUACAAAGGAGACAACACAAUCACAAGGCCAUAUCUAGCCUAAAUGUGUUCAGAAAGCUGCCAGCUAGGAUAUCUCUGUUUCUUAUGUUCAAAAGUGCAUUUAGGAGGCCUUCAUUCAAGGAAUAAAUAUUUUUUGGGGACUAAAAGCAGUUCUAUUGGAAGUCCUUCAGAAUGGCAAUUGAAGAUAUUUCAUCUGGAUUCUGGAGGGGAUAUAACCUCCAAUUCAUCAAAUUAUUGCCAGUGCAUCAAGAAGUACACUUAACUGCCCACAAGCGUUCAUGCAGGAAAACCUGUCGAUGCACUAAAAUGGUUGCCGAGGAAUGAGAAAUGUGCUGACUGUGGUGCCCCUGAUAAAUAUGCAUUGAACGUUCUGGUUCACCGGAACCUUGAUGUACAUAUGUCAAAAGCAAGUAAGAUCCUUGACACUUGACGUUGAAGUGUGGGAGCCUUCCAUCAUCGCUUUGUUUCGUGCACUGGGUAAUGCUUUUCCAAACUCUGCAUGUGAGGAGUUGUUGCAAGCAAGCAAAAACAUUCGGGCGGAUGAGAUGCCAAAGAGGUUUGCUUUACGAAUUCGAGCAUGGCCAAAACAUUUUCAUCUCAUAUGACUCAAAUUACAGCUACUAAACAAGGCUGUGUUCGGAAUGCGGAAAAUGGCAGGGAAAGGGGGGGGUGCCAAUGAAAACAAUUUUUUAAU